CUCAUUCUUGUUUUGGCCGUCUACGUGUUAAAAACAGAAAAUUUUCGUUACUGCAGCUGCGCGCUAUAACCAUCCGACUCGUCUAUUGGCAAUUGUUAUUUUCCCAUUGCGAUUUAAACAACCAACCAACCAUCUGUGGUCGUCGUGUAACAAUUUCGUCGUCUCAGUUAUCGUGUGGCUAUGGUCGACGGCCUGUUAGUGUCAUCUCUCGUCGUGGAUUUACGAUAAAAAAGAAAAGCAUUUGUAAAUUGUUGAAAAGGAAAUUUAAAGCAAACUCUAUUCAUGUAAAGUGCUGACAGCUGUUCUUCUGCUGGUUACGCUUUUUGUGUUAUUUACUUCCUCAACGUUUCGGUGGCCGAAAAAAAGAAAAGAAAAACAUUGAUUUUCACGCGGUUAUUACAUUUCGUUUUAUAUGUGUAAUAAGAGGUGUGUGCGUGUUUGUGUUUUUGUUAGUUCGUGAUUUCUUGUUUCUUUUUGCUAUCUUUUAGUGUUUAAACAACAAAAUCCAAUUUGUUUACAACAAAAGAGAAAUAAAAACAAGAAUAAUUGCUAGAUCUUGCAAACAAAAGCAAAGCGGGAAAUUUACAUCAUUUAAACAAGAAGAGCACUCUGGGUGUGUGCGUGCGUGCGUGAGAUAACAACCAAUUGGCCAAUUGGUGGUGGCGGCGGCAAAAACCCUUCCAAUUCCAGUUGACGUUUGGCCGAUCAAUAUCUUGGUUUAUUAUCCAUCAAUAUUCAUAAAUUAAAUGGCAACAUUUUUCGUUUGAAAGCAAAAAAUUUAAAGCAAACAAUAAAAUUUUGAAAUAGUUUUUAAACUGUUUUCAAAAAGAAAAAUAACGACCACUGAACAGCAAACACAAUUCUCCCUUUUUCCACCCUCUACAUUAAUUACGAGCCUGGGCUGUGAUAUUUAGGAUACUUGAAACACACACAAAGCAACGGUCUUCUAAUCAUUUCAAAUACAUACACAACAGGGCAUCAUUUUGAUUGAGCGAGUGUUUGUGUUGAUGGCUCUGAGAGGCGUCUAACUACAGCAGGACUGAGAGAACACAAACCAACAACAGAACUGAAAUUGUUUUCUUCUUCAUCUUCUUUUCUCCGAAGUUGUUGAGAGAGAGCGAGCAAGCAACCGACCGAAUCCCCCGACCCAAGGGAUACUAACCAACCAAAAAGUGAACUUUUUGUGAUACUUUGAGAAGAUCGAUCGAUUUUGAAAAGAAUUUAUUUAGAUAAUUUAUAUAUAUUUAUUUACUUUGCUAGCGAUAAUAGUAAUUUUUAGUGAAACCAAAAAAGUCUUGCCUUUGCCCAAGAAAAUUUCCGCUCUGCAAAAAGAAAGGGAACUUUUCUUCUUCCUAUAUACAAUAUAGUUGUUUUUUUUUUUCUAUUUGAAAGUUUCAAGGAAAUCUUUAUAUAUGAAUAAUAUUGAACAAUUAAAUGCUAAAGCAUCAUCAUCAUCAUCUUCAUCUCCAUCCGCAUCAUCAUCAACGCCAUUAACAUUUCCAUUAACCACGGCUAACAACAACAUAGCAAUAUCACCAUCAUCCACAACAACAACAAAUGAUUUAGUUAAUGACUUACAAUCCACAAAAACAACACAAAAUAACGAUGCCUUUCCCUUAACGACAGCCUCUGCUGCUUCAUCAUCAUCAACAUCAUCAUCAUUGACUGCAUCGCCGGUGUCAUCCAAAACAAAUUCAUUGUCUUCAUCAACAUCAUUGUCCAAUACAAAUUCACCAUCAUCUUGUUCUACAGCGGCUACACUGCUAAUUCACCAGACGACGACGCCGACCACCACCAACAACUCAUCGCCGUUAUCAUCCACCACCACUCAGCUAUCAUCAUCCAAUAAAUUGUUCAGUGGCAAUUCACCAACUCCACCACCCACACCACCACCAUCAGAGACCAAUUCUAAUACAUCAUCACCUUGCACCACACCCUAUGGAGCAGGUGGUGGUGGAGGCGGUGGUAUUUCAUUGACAUUUACACCCGCCAGUGCCGACAAUUCUGGCAGUACUCGAACAUCACCCGAGACUGACGAGUACGACGACGUAAUCGACUACGAAGACGAGGACGAGGACACCGACAACACUUCCGUUUCCAAUUACAAUUCCAAUAACACAAACACAAUUACCAAUACCACCAUCCAUAACUCCAGUUCCUCGCCCACCUUGCCCACCACAUGUUAUCCUUCUUCUUCUUCUUAUCAACCCAAUUUUGAACAAAUCAAAGAAAAAUUCAAAAAUCAAGAAUCACAAACCCAACUGACCCUCUUAAAUUCCCUACUACUUUCCUCCGCAGCUAGCGCCGCUCUUGUCAAGCACCUUCCUCACUCCUCGCUAGUACGUUCAGUAACAGCUACCAGCAUCAUGGACAUGCCCUACAACACUUCACCUUCGCUACGUGUACGCACCACAUCGCUUAAUCAGCUCAAGAAAACCGCCGAUUUGGCCAUUGAGAAUGAGCUACAUGUCUGUCCCAGUGUUAUGCCGGAUGAGUUGCGCAAGCUGCUGCCACCCACCUCCGAAACCGUAAUGACCAAACCAUUUCCCAUACGCGGCGAGAGGGCCAUAUCCGAUGUGUCGACACCUCAUGUCAUUGCCAUGGUCGGCCUGCCGGCCCGUGGAAAAACGUUCAUCUCGAAAAAGCUGGCACGUUAUCUGAAUUGGAUUGGUAUCUGUACGAGAGUCUUCAAUUUGGGUGAAUAUCGUCGCCACGCCACCACGGCCUACAAAUCCCAUGAAUUCUUCCGGGCCGACAAUGAAGAGGCCAUGGCCAUACGUAAUCGUUGUGCCCAUCAGGCUCUGCAUGACUCCUGCGAAUGGUUGCUCAGUGGCCAAGGAAGUGUGGCAGUUUUUGAUGCCACCAACUCCACCUAUGACCGCCGUCAAAUGAUCUAUGAUGUGGUGGUGAAACAUCAUGGCUUCCGUUUGUUCUUUGUCGAGUCCAUCUGCGAUGACCCGCAAAUAAUUGAGCAAAACAUUAAAGAGGUCAAGGUCAGCUCACCCGAUUAUGUCAACAUGAAUACCGAUUUGGUGGUUCAGGAUUUCCUGCAACGCAUCGAACACUAUGAGGAACGCUAUCAAACCAUUGACGAGGAUAACGAAUCUCAUUUGAGUUUUAUGAAGGUCUACAACGCUGGCAAAAAGGUAGUGGUUUACAACAAUGAAGGUCAUGUGGAAUCCCGCAUUGUCUACUAUUUGAUGAACAUACACAUCACACCACGCACCAUCUACCUAACACGUCACGGUGAGUCAGAACAUAAUCUUAAGGGUUUAAUUGGUGGUGAUGCCAAUUUAAGUGAACGUGGCCGACUUUAUUCCAAAGCCCUGGCCGCUUACAUUGAGCAACAACAUAUUGAGGGUUUAAGGGUGUGGACAUCAUGGAUGAAACGUGCCAUCCAGACAGUGGCCGAUAUUAAGGCACCCCAGGAGCGUUGGAAGGCUUUGAAUGAAAUCGAUGCAGGCCAUUGCGAGGAAAUGACCUAUGAACAAAUUAAAGAGCGCUUCCCCGAAGAGUUUAAGGCUCGCGAUCAAAACAAAUUCGCCUAUCGUUAUCCACGCGGAGAAAGUUAUGAAGAUUUGGUGGCUCGUCUGGAGCCGGUCAUCAUGGAACUGGAACGCCAAGGCAAUGUUUUGGUAGUUUCGCACCAGGCAGUAUUGCGUUGUCUUUUCGCCUACUUCUUGGAUAAAUCUGCUGAUGAGUUACCCUAUUUAUAUGUUCCCUUGCACACGGUCAUUAAGCUGACACCUGUGGCCUACGGUUGCAAAGUGGAACACAUAAAGCUACCCAUCGAUGCUGUGGACACACAUCGUCCAAAACCAAAAAUACCCGGUGAUGUAUCAUUGGGUCUUGAUGGUUUAAGCGGUGAUUUGGUUGCCCCAGAUGGUGUUGGUAAGGUGUUGAUUGUGGGUGAUGAUGUGUCAAAGGCAUCCGCAAAUGGUGUUGGCAUCUGCGGCAGCGGCGGUGGUGUUUUAGGCAAUGGACUUGGUGCAGCCAUCAAUAAUAGUAAUAGCACCACUGUUGCAGGCGAUGACAAUGCCAAUAAUAUUAAACAAGAACAACAGCAACAACAUAAUACUACACAACAGCAACAACAUCAAUGACAUUAUUGCCAGCACUACCGACAUAGAGUUCUGUUGAAACGUGGACUGCUGGCCCAGUUCCAUUUGAGUCGUUUUAAUACACUGUAAACAAACAAGAAGCCAGUUAUUUUAAUAAGAAAAAAACAGAGCAGUUAAAUGUUUCCCUUCCUCCUCUCUUGCCUUGCAUUUCUCUAAAAUAAACCAAGAAAAAUCAUUAAAUUGUAUAAAAUACAACUCUGCAAUGGCUAUCAUUAGCAGAGUUAAGUUAGUCGCAUUUCAAAUUUCUAAAGCUCACUGGCCACACAUAAACUUGCCAAGUGGUUAUACGGCCAGAUAGUUUUAAAUGAUUAGAAAAUCAAUGAAAACUAAUUUUAAUGAAUAAAAUGUUUUAUGUAAGUAGGAUAGAGAGACAGAGGAAACUUUAACACUCUAAAAUCAAACUAACAUAAUAGUAAACCAGGUUUAUCUAAAAUCACUUUUCAUCAACACAAAUCGUUGUCGUAUACAUUUCAACUUCUAUUCACUCAGUUUUUUCAAUUUAUUCACAAAUUUAAUAAAAAUAUACUGAAAAAUAAACAUUUUCUUUUUAAUUUCUUAAUAAGAAAGCUACAAAAAGCAAAGACAAGACUUUUAUGACUGAUGAAUGUAAACUAAAUUUUAAAAAUAAAUCAAGAGAAAUAUUUUGUAACUUUAAUAUAUGUAUCUACAACCAUAUACAUUUAUUAUUUUUUUUAUUAAACAGUUUAAAAAUAUAUACAUGUAAUGAUAUUUUUAUAUUUGUUUAAAACAAAAGAAACUACAAGUAAAAGUUUUAAGUAUACAUACCUAUUUUGUAAUAAAUAAAAUUGUCAAUGUUUUUAAAUGUUUUCUUUUGUGAUUUUUUUUUUCUAAUUAAAGAAUAAUAUAUUUUUGUAGUAAACUAUAAAACUUCCUGCUUGCAAAAUUUUGUAUUUGUUUGAAAAACAUUUCUCUGUAAUAUCUAAGCAAAAUUCAUAAAAAUAAAUAUAUAUUUCAUGUAUCAGAACAAGAAAAAAAUAUUAAUAAAAAUAAAAUUAUAAA